CUUUCUUCUUCCUCCGAGCCCUCUCGCUCUAGUCCACCGCCUCUCUCCAGAUCGCCAAGGAGCACCAGAGUCACAUAAGGCCCGUUGCAUCAUUUUUCUCCAUCACCAUGACCAUAGCUUCUCCCGCUCUGACGAGCUGCCUUGCCACUUGCCGCCGCCUCGAAAAUGCCACGGCUCUGAAGCACCGCAGCCCCUCAACGCAGCCCCUCUUGCGUUCGGCUACUGAGGCAGAUCUGCCCUCGAUGGGCCGCAUCCUCCUCUCUGUCUUCCUCGAUUCGAUGGCGCCCCUCUUUGGCCUCGACCGCAGUCCGAUGUACGAAGCCUUUCGUCAGGCCCAGAUACGCCGCCUGUUCGCACGGUGCCAGCUGCAGCCUGCCAGCACCAAGAUUGUCGUCGCCACCGAUGGAGACGGCGACAAGCAAGGAGGUGCAGGCAACGUCUUGGGCUUUGUGGUGUGGAUCCUCGACGUCACCCCGCGCGAAACGUCGUCGUCCUCUGAUGACCACGAAGAGAGCAACACGGUCAAGAAGUCGCUCCCACCCCUCCCGCCUUUUCCACCCGGCCAGGGUGCGGCGCUGUACCAGGCCUUUGGCGACGCUAUGUCGGCGGUGCAAAGGACGAAGAUGGGCGACCGGCCCCGCUGCUAUCUCAAGUAUCUCUGCGUGGAUCCCACGUCGCAGCGCAGGGGCGUUGGCACCACACUCAUGAGCCACGUAUGUGCCGAUGCCGAAAAGGCCGGGCUGCCCAUCUACCUCGAGGCGGCGCCCACCGUCUCGGCUGGGCCCUUCUACAAGAAGUUCGGCUUCGAGGAUCUCGGCGUCUUUGACGCGUGCGAAGUCCCUCUCGAUCUGUCGUCGGUCAAGGGAGACGAGCAAGGCGAAAGCAAAUGCCAAGAGACGAUGACGAUGCAGCUCUUCGCCAUGAAGCUCGAGACGCAGGUGGUCCGUCGCGACGAGGUGUAG